CGCUUUUUAACUUAAAAGUGUGAAAUCUUUGGCAAAAUAUUGUAAAAGUAAAAAGUUGUGAAAAAUUCGAGAAGUAGAUACAAUUGACAGAUUUUCUUUGUAAAUUGUAUAUCUGAAUUUAUAAAUAAAAUAUUAAUGCGAUGUCUGAUUAUAUAUCUAGAUACAGGGCAUCUGUUCCCAUAAAUAUGAAUGAAAAUGAUCUUAUUUUGUACGUUUGGCAAUUGUGCCUAUUGGCGUUAUUAAAGAAAAGAAAACGAAGAAAAAGAUGGCUAAAUCGGAGAUGGUGGGUUAGACCCAUUAACGUUGUACGUUCUAUAUAUGGGGAUUAUGAACACCUCUUUCAAGAGAUAAAGUAUAAUGAUCCAAUUAUAUUUUGUCGAUAUACAAGGAUGAGAGAGGAAACUUUUAAGCUUCUGUUACAAAUGACAAGACCAUUUUUGACCAAAUCAAACCAUCGAGCAUUUAGUCCAGAGCAACGUUUGAUCAUAACUCUAAGGUUUUUAGCAACCGGAGAUCAAAUACUAUCUAUUGCAUUAGCGUUUAGAUGUGGAGAGUCAACUGUUCGAAAAAUUAUCCACGAAACUUGUCGAAUUCUAGCCCAAGUAUUGCAGCCAAUUUACCUUUGUUUGCCAACAGAAGAAAAAUGGAAUAAUAUUUGUACUGGUUUUCUGGAAAGCUGGAAUUUCCCCAAUUGCGUUGGAUCUUUUGACGGAAAACAUAUAGAAAUACAAGCUCCGCCAAAUUCUGGGAGUUUAUUUUUUAACUACAAAAAGACAUUCAGUAUUGUGCUAAUAGCUGCAUGUGAUUAUAAAUAUAUGUUCACACUAGUUGACAUUGGUUUAUAUGGUGGCAAUAGUGACGGUGGUAUUUUUACUUCUUCUGACAUUUAUUCAGCAUUGGAAAAUGAAUUACUGAAUCUUCCCAAAGGGACUGUAAAUCUUCCUGGAAGUAACAUUACAAUGCCUUGUUUUUUUCUUGGAGACAGUGGUUUCCCGAUCAGUACUUUAAUGAUGCGACCUUACUCCGGAAAAAUACUUAAUGAAAGAAAAAAAUAUUUAAUUAUAGAUUAUCUAGAGCAAGGCGUACUAUAGAAAAUACUUUUGGUAUUUUAUCUUCACGAUGGAGAAUUUAUCGAAAGCCCAUUAAUAUGCAUCCGAAAUAUGUAGACAUGAUUGUCAUGGCGACUAUAUGUCUACAUAAUUUCAUAAAAUAUGAGGAAGAUCUUGUGGAAGCGAAGAACAGAGUAUACUGUCCUCCACAUUUUAUAGAUUCAGAGGACUCUGAAGGUAACAUCAUCCCCGGGGAAUGGCGACAAUAUACUGAAAAUGUACUGAGAGAUAUAGCUC